AUGAAUGAUUCUGGUUCUCGAAGGGUCCUGGCUAUUGCCAACCAGCUUUCUUCUAAUGGAAGUACUCGAAUGAUAAAUCAUGUGGACUAUACACCUUCCAAAAAUCCAAACGCAAUCAAAACCCCGGAUUUCCUACCAAUCUCUCGAACAGAGCUGAAUCCCUUGAGUUACUUGGUUCGAACAUGCAAUGUGUACCCUACCAAAAUCGCCAUCAAAGACUCUCAUGGGUCAUACACUUAUCAGCAGUUUGGAGAACGUGUUAGAAGACUAGCAAGUCUUGUUCUCAGCAUGGGGCUGAAGAAAGGCGACGUGGUUGGUUUCAUUGCGUCAAACAUUACGCCAACUUUCGAAGCACAAUUUGCUAUUCCUUUGGCUGGUGGUAUUUUGACCUGUAUCAAUACUCGGCUUAAUGCUGAUGAGGUCGAAUACAUUGUGGAUUUUGCCAAAAUCCGUUUCUUAUUCGUUGAUGGCGAAUUCUUGUCAUUGACCAAAAAUGCCAAGAAGUUGGGUGUUGAGAGUGUUAUUCGAAUUGAUGAUUCCGGGAAUGUGAAGACAGACGAAUACGAACAAUUGCUUGCUCAAUCUAAAGUGCUGCCCUUUAAUGCUUAUCCAAACUACUACGUGCCGUCUGAAAAUGAUGUUAUGCAAAUCUGUUGGACGUCCGGCACAACAGGAAGGCCCAAAGGUGUGGAAUACACUUAUCGAGGUGUCUACCUGAACUCCAUCUCUGAAGCCAUAGAGUCAGGGUUUGUCAUGGGAAAAGUGACGUAUCUGUGGAUUCUACCAUUGUUUCAUGCAGCAGGAUGGUGCUUCCCAUACUCAACAGUUGCAUACGCCGCAACCUCAGUCAUGUUACGCAAAGUAGAUUACAAUGAGAUUUGGAAACGGUUUAUUGAGGACGGUGUGACGCACUAUACAGGUGCACCAACAGUUCAGAUACAUAUCAUUGCGCACCCUAUGGCAACAAGGCUGAAACAUCCUGUUACCGUUAUGGUGGGAGGAGCUCCAGCCAGUAGUACCUUGAUUGAAGGAAUGAGGAAAUUCAACCUGUAUCCUGUGCACGUAUAUGGACUCACAGAGACCUAUGGGCCUUGUGUAGCAUCGGCAUUCCAGGACGAAUGGGCUGGCAAGAGUAUUCCGGAUCAAGCUAUCCUUAUGGGAAGACAAGGCCAAAACUACUUGAUGUCGGAUGAAAUGAAGGUCGUUGAUUCAGAGAUGGUUGAGACCCCAUGGGAUGGCAAAACACAAGGAGAAGUUGUCUUUAGAGGAAAUCUCGUGAUGAAAGGCUAUAUGGGUCGACGAGCUGAUACUGAGGAAGCUAUGGCGAAUGGUUGGUUUCAUAGUGGAGACAUUGCGACACGACAUCCUGAUGGGUAUCUUGAAUUACAAGACCGCAAGAAAGAUAUCAUUAUUUCAGGUGGUGAAAACAUCUCUACCAUCGAAGUCGAGAGCGUAGUAGCCUCACACCCAGCAGUCCUAGAAGUUUCCGUCGUUGCAACACCCGACGACAGUUGGGGCGAGAGGCCCCUCGCCUAUGUUGUCUUGAAGCAUGGAAUGACUGCAACGAGUGACGAGAUUGUAGCCUACACAAAGGAUCGCUUGGCCGGCUUCAAGAGACCCAAAGGAGUUAAGUUCUUGACGGAACUCCCAAAGACUAGUACUGGCAAAAUCCAGAAAUAUGUGUUACGUGAUUUGGAAUGGAAAGGGAAGACCAAGCGAAUCAAUUGA